UAGUUCCCGUGCGUUAAUUGAUGCAGAAAAAAGGAGACACUUGCAGGUACGCCUUGUAUACCAUGACCUAUGAAAAGACAUUCUUAUCUCGGACAGAACAGGACUUAGUAAACAGAAGGUAUCCACCUCUCCUUAACGCAUUUCUGUCCGGUGGAGCGGAGAUGUUCGAACGCGUUGAAAAGUUACGCGCCGGCAUGAGAAAUCUUGCAGUCGUUUCUCGGUCGUCCUCUAGUUCGGAGCGUGAAGUCAGAAGAGGACCUCUUGUCUUUUCCAAAUACACAAUGAAACAGGAAACAGGUUGGUUAUUACGAGCCAUUCUAUCGUUUUUACUUCUUGGAAGACCCGAGAGCUUUGAAAAGUUAAAAGUUAUAUAUUCAUGGAAGGUCUUGGAAUUUGACUUUCCAAACGAGCACACCAGAGAACUUGCUAUACAAGAGGGUCGCUUCAUUCCCGGAGCACCGAUACCGAUUGACGUAGAUUUGUCAUUUGAUCACAGAGCUAAACACGGAUCCGUCAUAUUCAUCUCAAUACCAAGAUUUCAAAAUGGAGUUCCUGUCACCCUCGGUUACAUCACGGAAAAGGUUUCUGCUGAGGGAAACCCGAUAAUCGCACCUUAUCCAAAUUGGGAAUUGAAUAGAUUGGGAAAUUGCGACGCGAUCACCAGUGUGUACAGAAUGCAGGUAGACUCGUGCAACAGAUUAUGGGUUCUCGACACUGGCAAGCUGGAGGAACGACAGAUCUGUCAUCCUCAAUUACUGUUAUUCGACCUGCGAACGAAUAGACUUCUAAGUCAGUACAAGUUCCCUAAGGAUCAGUUCAAGGAGGAUUCCCUGUUUGUCACCCUCGUGGUCGACAUUCGCGACGACAAGUGCGACGAUGCCUUUGUCUACAUCGCCGAUGUGACCGGAUUCGGAUUGCUCGUCUAUGAUCAUCGCAAUGUCCGCUCGUGGAGAAUCACCAAUAACCUAUUUUAUCCUUAUCCGCCCUAUGGAACAUUCUACAUCAACGGGCUCACGUUCGAUCUGAUGGACGGCAUUCUGGGACUCGCACUGAGUCCCAGGAAACUGGAUGGCGAUAGAAUCUUAUAUUUCCAUUCCUUGGCCAGCAAAGUCGAAAGUUGGGUACCCACUUCCAUUAUCAGAAAUCAUAGCCUCUUCCACGAUCAUCCCGAUAGCGCACCAAGGUCAUUCCGUUCAUUCCCCAAGGAAAGAUCAUCGCAAUCGGCCGCUCAAGCCAUGGAUCGGAAUGGCAUUCUCUUCUUCGGUCUUCUAUCAGAUACAGCUAUUGGAUGUUGGAACAGUAUAACUCAUCCCGAAUAUGGUGGCAUCGAUAACGAAGUCACUGUCGUCAAUCCCGAGACUUUGCAAUUUUCGUCUGGAGUAAAGAUCAUCAAAACAAAAAAUGGCCGGCAGGAGCUGUGGGUGCUUACGGUGCCGUUCCAGAAGUACAUGACCGGGACCAUGAACGCGAACGAGACCAACUUUCGGAUACUGGCUGGUUACGUAGACGAGCUCGUUCGCGGCACCAAGUGUAACGGUGGUUUCGAUCGCAAUCGCGCUUACGAGACGGUCGCUUCCGAUUGAAGAUCGUGGCACCGCGGGGAGUUCGACGAUUCGCGUUCUGAUCACGCGGUGGCACCGAUUGUCCGCAAGUAUCCCAGUUUCUUCGCGGAUUUUCAUUAUCAUCACCACUACCACCACCACUACCACCACCCACCACCGCUAUGGUAUCGAUUUCCAAGAUUAUUCGCCAGACCAUUUUUCUCUUCGAAAGCGAUCUAUCCUCGACCUCAGGUCGAUUACACCAUCAUUAUCGAUUACGAUUGAAGAACGCGCGACACUAAACGUACCUACGACAUUCCAGGCGACGAAGAACGAAUAGAGCCCGCUUAUUUAGAAGUUCUAUGAAUUUUUUAGAGCUUAUGAGCUCGAUAAGCCAUUAAGCUUUCACUGCUCGUGGUGCCAAUUACAGUUAUUAUUCUGCUUACAGUUAUUUAUCAUGAGAAUAAUCACCGUUCCUACUAAUUGUUUUUUUAGUUUUAUUGAAAAUAGUGGACAAUAAGUAUCUGGAGAGUAUCAUUGAACUGUGACAAAUGUAUUUUUAAUUUCUCAUUGCGUAUCAUAUUUAUAUAAUCCAGUGUAAUAAACAUGUUCAUUUCUACCGCAGAAAUAUUUAUCAAUUACAUUUAUUACGUAAUAAGAAUAAUAAAAUUUAUUGUACAAAGUUAUAGUGAUGUACGUUGAAGCUGGAAGCUUCGUAUUUA